CCCUCUAAAACCCUGAUUUUGAAUUUUGGAUUAAACCCUAAAAAAUGUCGAAAUGGAGAAUUGCGACUGCGACGCUCCAUCGACAUCUCCAAUCCCAAUCGCCUACGAUCUCUUCCUUCAAGGAUCCGACCAAAUCCUUGUCUUCGGCGGCGGUUGCGGCGGCUCAUCAGUGUCGCGGUUACAGUACAGCUCAGACAGAUGAUUCAAGUGGGAAAUGGGUAACUUUACCUUCUUUUUAUCCCACCGUCGAUGGCAACGCCGUAGGAAAGGAGCUCACUUCCGACGGAGACUCAAUCAAAGGUUCAACGGAUGGGUCAAACACAACGGCGCUUAGGUGGAUACUUCGUUGUCGUCCCGAUUUACCCAGGACUCUCGUUCAGAAACUCUUUCGUUUAAGACAGGUUAGGAGAGAAAUGACUCUGAGUUGUGAUAAUGAUCUUCUACAAAGAAGCAAGCUUAAAAGGGUGGCAGCUAAGGAAUCUUUGAAUGUAGGAGAUAGAAUUUUCCUUCCUCUGUCUGUAGACAAUGUUGCGCCGCCGCAGCCGACUGCUACUAAGAAAGAACACUUCCGUUGUAGUGAAGAAGAACGCAAAUUCGUUUGCAGUUUGGUGUUGUACAAGGAUCCAUCCAUUAUUGUUCUGAAUAAACCGCAUGGUAUGGCUGUUCAAGGUGGGACUGGGAUCAAGACCAGUAUCGAUGAACUCGCUGCCACUUGCUUGACAUUUGAUAAAUCAGAAUCUCCCCGUCUGGUGCAUAGACUUGACAGAGACUGUACUGGACUUUUGGUGUUGGCAAGAACACAGACGGCUGCAACCGUUCUUCAUUCCAUAUUCCGCGAGAAAACAACUGGUGCAUCCGCAUAUGGUGUCAAAAAGAACAUAAAAUCCUUGAAAAGAAAAUAUAUAGCACUUGUAAUCGGGUGUCCGAGACGUAAAAAGGGACAGAUUUCAGCGCCACUCAGAAAGGUGGUUGUGGAUGAUGGCAAAUCUGAUCGUAUCACAGUUGAUGACAAUGGGGAACUCGUUUCUACUCAGCAUGCUAUCACCGAGUACCGAGUGAUUGAAUCUUCACCACAUGGAUACACAUGGCUUGAACUUCGACCUUUAACCGGGAGAAAACAUCAGCUUCGUGUACACUGCGCAGAAGUUCUAGGAACACCGAUAGUUGGGGACUAUAAAUAUGGAUGGCAAGCUCAUAAAACCCGGGAACCAUUAGUCUCUUCAGAAAACACCCCGACCAAGCAAUCAUCAUCUCCUUUUGGCUUGGAUCUGGAUGGUGGAGAUGUCUCUUCAAAACAGCCACACCUUCAUCUCCACUCAAAGCAAAUCGACCUGCCAAACAUAUCUCAGCUCUUGGAGAAAAUGGAGCUUUCUUCAGAUUCUGAUAUUUCGGAUAUCGGUAGCCUCAAAUUCGAUGCUCCAUUGCCUAGUCAUAUGCAGCUAAGUUUUAAUUUGUUGAAAUCUAAAGUCGACGAAACUUGUGACAAAAACUAGAAUUUUUUUAGUGAGCCCCCAAGCUUUCUUCUUUGUGUUCCUGAGGCUCCCAAGUAGUCACUGUGUUGUCUCUCUUUGGACCUUGAAUAUUCUCAUACAAAGAUAAAUAAAUUAGAUUUUGAGUGACA